GCCGAUAAAAAUCAUGGCUGCCGCCACAAGACUAGGACCAAAGAUGAACCUGUUGGUUCAUCUGCUUAUUUUUAGUUGGUAUGCUUUCACUAUCUGGACUAACUGUACUCUGCAAACCUCAGACAGACACCCCGGUGUGCGAUCAUACGGGGGACGCUGGAAAUACCUGACGUUUAUUAAUCUGGUAUUGCAUGUGGUGUUUUUUGGACUGUGUGUGCUGGUGGAUGUGGUGCAGAGCGCCGUGUCUGUCAAACAGAGCCGCAGCGGGACUCCUCUGCUCCUCACUAAAGCCCGGGACUUUUACUUCACUGCUGUGGCGUUUCCUGUCGGGACUUUUGUGUUUGUUUCUUUCUGGACUCUCUACACUUACAACAGAGAGCUGGUGUAUCCAAAAAUGUUAGAUGAAAUCAUUCCCAUCUGGAUGAAUCAUGCAAUGCACACAAUCAUCAUGCCUUUGCUGCUGCUGGAGAUGUUCCUUCAGAAUCACAAAUAUCCCAGUCGCACAAAAGGGAUUUUCAGUCUGGCCUUAUUUGCUGCUUUGUAUCUGUCAUGGGUGUUGUGGGUGCACCAUGCGUCAGGGAUUUGGGUGUAUCCUAUCAUGGCUCACUUGAGUCCCGUGGGAUUGUGUCUCUUCCUCGGUGGUGCGUCGCUCACCAUGGCUCCUCUUUACCUGUUAGGAGAGAAGCUCAGCCUCAUGAUGUGGAGCAGCACAGGAAAUCAGAAGAAGAAAAAGAAGUAGAUGUCUACUGGGAUCCACAUUAACCUUGUGGAGCUCAAACCAGCCAAAUAACACGUUUUUACAGGGCACAAAGCAACAGCUUUAGUAGCAUUGCUUGUAUUUUAUACAAGAGGGGCUUAAUUCGCCCUAGCAUAUUUACCGAAUGAAACUAGCAUUAGUACUGUACACAUGCUAUGUGUUUACACGAAUCGUGCUGAUAUUUUAUUGUUUGUUUUCUUUUGACCUAAUUUGAGUCUAAUGAAAAUCAUUUGCACUUACAAAGUAAAAUGCUGUAUUUUUAAAAUCAUUUUCAUUAUUUUAGAUUACAGAUGCUGUAAUAUCCCAGAAUGCUGUUUUCCAUUGAUUAAGGGACAGUACCGAGCACUUUUCCCUUCACAGAUUCAUAAUUACUUUAAAACAAAUCUGAGUUUGACACCAAUUUCCUGUUAAUAUAAAAUAAGAGAAUUCCUGUGUAGUUUGUGACCGUUAGUGUUAGCCUGUGCAAGUGUGUCACACGAUGGUGUCGAGGGCUUUCUCAAUGACACACUUUAACCUGUGUGAACUCAGGUAAUCUCACCAAUGAAGCCCUUAAUGUGAUUUUCCGGCUUUGCAGAGAGUUUGAUGAUGGACUUUAUUGGAAACAAGUAAACCCUAGUAAUCUGUGACCUCACUGUAACAUGUUUAAUUCACAUCCAGAGAAAUGGCUCUGCGUUCGUUCUUUCACUAACAUCAUCUUUGAGCCCUUUCAGUGGCUAUUUCAUGACGACUGAAAAUGUUUACUAAUUAUGUUGUUAUAGAUCAGAAUACAAUGCUGCUUUGACAUUACAGUGUGUUUCCUCUUCAUUUCAGUAUGUGUGUAAAACAGAUGUUGUAGAAACAGCUGUUUAAGUGAACUGAAUGGACAAAUCCGUUUGCUAUGAGAGCAAUGUGAUUCCUGCACUGAUGUUACACUGUGGCACUUGUGGAUAUGUGAUGCACUGACAAUGUCAUCAGUGACACUUAAGAGGGCCAAUCAGCGUUACCGUUACUAGUUUGCACAAUGUAAUGAUUAUUAAUGUCAUCUGUGUGCUUUAUUCAUAAACAAUAAAACCUCGGAUCUUCUUUUAUUCAUUUAAA